AUUCACGUGGUGAUUGUUGACAUGUUUUGGCGCGCCUGAGUUGUACAGCUGAGCAAUUCCGCGCGAAUCGCGAAACUGUGCAUGCGAUACUGUACGGUACAUAUUCGUGAGCGAAAGAGCAAGCCCUGCUCCACGAUACUUUUCGCGAGGAUCUUCCGGAUGCAUGGUAUACGAAUGAACGUGUCCAGCUAGCCGGGCAUAACAUUACCAAUACCAGUUCUACGCAGUAAAAUAUUAGGAUGAGACAGACGUCGAUGUUUUAGUACCAAAGUCAGCCCGUUUGUGGAGCCUUAUUUCGUGUUUUGUAUGCGGCGGCAGGCACAGGUUGUUCUUCAUAGACGUUCACAUGUUGCAACAUGAUACAGUCCAGACUGUGAGGUACCUGGCUUUUUCUGUGUUGAUCUGACGUGGAGAAAACCAUCAUGAUGGUAACGGCUGCAACGGAUGUUAGCCAAGAAGUUUCCUCGUUCCAGACCGUCUUGGGCAAGCUGCAGGGCAAGCAAGAUGGCGGAUCGAGCGAGGACAGGAUGGUUGUUUACGAGGCAAUCUCCAACUGGUUUAAUAAUAAUGAUGCAGCAAGGAUAAAGGACAGCGCAAACAUAGAUGUCGGCGUCUUUGUUCGUCAGUUCAGUACCGAUGUCAUGUCAGAGGACACCAGCAUGGUCCAAGCUGCUCUUGUUGCUAUGGGAUUCUGCCUCAAUCAGUCGGGGAUCUUAAGGGCAUUUACAAAUGAACAGUGUAGUCUUGUCGUGAAGGCAUUGUGCAAUUGUUUAUUGAAGACGGAUGAUAAGAGUCUCUGCACCAGAGCGUUAUGGUGUCUCGCAAAGCAAAACAUAAAACCAGAAAUCAUCAAAGGAGAGAUCCAUACAAUCCUAUGUAGUGUUGAGAAAGCUGUGCAAGGGGAAGGAAGUGCCAAAUCGUUGACUGUGCAACAUGAAUCGAUUGAUGUCAUUAUCAGGCUACAAGAGCAGCUUCCUGAAGACAUGUCUCACCAUGCAGCCCGCUGGGGUAAACUCCUCCUCCCGAACCUGGUCCACAUGGCUCCAAAGAUCCGGGACCGGGCCAUCCAUGCCACCCACCUCGGGUUGGUUGCCAUGGUGCAGGCAAGGGUGGAGCUAGUUGGGCCUUUGGUUGCCGAUUUGAAGAGCGUCUUGCUGACGGAGAUGGUGAAAUUGUUUCGGGCCAGAAAUGAACUGUCAAUGUUGAAAGUAUGGACGUACUAUGUCACAAUACUGGGGAAGACGUUGCACAAGGGAGGUAGUCUGAUAAACAGUCUUCUCACUGUUAUCGAGCUAGGUUUCAAAAGUCCACAACCCGAAGUUAAGAAGACGGCGUACAGGAGCUGGCGUGCACUCAUCGAUAAUUUCAGUCUCGAUCUGGACGUCCUGAGUAACGCUAAGAGGUUGAAACUGCUCAUGCAGCCAUUCCUGGCUACCAGUAUCAGGUUUGAAAGCGUGGUUCAUACCAAGUUGGAUACUUGGUGGUAUCUGGUUUCAUCCCUGGGGACGAGGUUGCCGUCUACAUUUCAAGUGGUUUGUGCACCCCUAUUGCAGUUUACAUUGGGAUCAAUAAGAACCGGUUCGGCAGGGGUCGUGACCCCUAACAAAGGAGGGUCUGCUGCGCCCCCGUUCAUGCAAGGUUUUAGCACCCCUCAGGCAAGAACAGCAUUGCUUCCAGCCACCAGCCCCAUCACCCCUCGUCUGAACCUAUCUCUGAACGGCACCGGUGCUCAACAGACGUUUGCUUCCGUUCAACUCAGAGGGGUUCGUAUGUUGGCAGCCAUCUUGGGUAUUCAGGAGCCUUCGAAAGCUGCUAAAGGUGCUUCAGAUACAGUAGAUGUUCUACCCCAGAAAUUAUUAAGCAGCCCUAGUGUUUUCAGCAAGGUUGCACCAUGUCUUGCCCCCUAUGUAAUGGAUGUCUUGUUCUUACAAGAUGAGACAAUAGGUGAUCUUCCGCUUAGGAUAUUCAGCGAGUUUGUUAAGCAGGUUGGAGUGGUCCUCGAGGGAUCAUCUAAGCGGGACAGUGUCGGAGUCUUUGCCCUUCUCACAGAGCACUUGACAACAGUCGUCAAUUCAAAUCAACUACCUCCUUCAACAGUUCUAAAACUUCUUGAUUGUGUAAGUCAGUUGCCAAAGAAAGUACUAUCAUCUUCAAGCUACCAUACUGGAAGCGCUGGUGUCAUGCAUGGCACUCCGGCUCUUUACCUAACCAGUCUUCUAUUCAAUCAAACUACAGUUAUCUCAAAGCCUGAAGAAAGGUUUUUCAGUAUUCUCAUCCGAUUGGUCGAGUGCGGAAUGGCAUCGCCGGGGACCUUCCUUGGGUUCAGUCAGUCCGUCAUAGCAACGGUCGACAAGGUCUCGGAUUCCGUUACCAGCAAGGAGGCCCUCUGGAGAAUGUGGAGUGUCUUGGCCGGUCCAUUAUUACAACAUAUUGUUCAGACAAAUGAAGUAAACCAAGGUGAUUCCCUUGAGCAUGACUUCUCAGCUGUGAUUGCCUGUUUGCUGUUUCCCAUUCAACGCUUGAUUACAGCUGAUCUUUCUCAGGCUACGGUCAAGACACUGUUGAAACUAUGGUCAGAGCUGUAUGAGGCGUUUGCGCGGUCAGCUUCAAAGGUAACCAUCGCUGAAGCCAACCAAUGCUGUGAGGAUAUCAGUAGCAAGCUAUUGACACAGGUCACUGGAGCAGCUCUCGAGAAAUGGUACUACAUUGAUGCAGUAAGCCAGGUUUGUCAAGCGAUCACCCAGAAUCUUGAUCUGUCACAUUAUACUGUAACUACACCAGGAUCUCCUCGCCAUCCAGGGAAACGACCCAAGGUCAAAAGUCGUUACCAAGGUAACCUCGCAUCGCUGGUCAAGCUGGUUGCUUGUGUGACGGAAGCAUGUGCAGAUCUUUGUAAGAAGCAGACAACUCUCUUUUCACCUUCACUUAGUCAGACCGAUGUUGUACACUGGUUUUCGGCUGCACAGUCUCUUAUUGGUGCUAUGUCAGACUGUUGCCGAGUAGGUCUACCCUCAUACAUUCAUGGAAUCUUGAUAAACUGGAGCAAACCCUUAGGUCAUUUCAUGCAUUUUGUUGCCAGUCCAAACAUAGCUAAGAAAGACUACCUCAGUGCAAUAGAAGAUAAACUAGAACGUCUCUGGAUCGAUCUCACGACCACUGUCCAGAACCGUUACUCAAAGGGCUUUGAUACCCAAUUCCUCAACGUGAUGGCGCCGGCAUUGGAAGCUGCCUUCACGCAUAAGAAGCGCAGUUUAAGAAAUUACACUCUCGUCUUCUGGACGUCCACAUUUGGGAAUGAAGACUCGCUGCAAUAUCCCGAUGUCUUGAAACCUUGUUUAGCCAAAAUGAAAACUAUUGGAGAGAUAGCUCUUCCAGGAUGGUCAGAGAAGGAAGAUAUUUUGAGUGAAAAUGCUGUCAUUCCAGAGACGGAAGACCCUGAUGAUGUCAUGGCUCCCCCUGCCCCGCCAGUCAUCCCAAACUUUGGAGGCCCAUCUCCCCAGAAGAUGCACGGCAGUUUCCUCCACCGACUGGAUGAUGCCAAGAAGCUCCUAGAGGCUUCAUCACCGGUCAAGGGUCAAAUAACCUCACCGAGGCGGAGUAGGAGGAUCCAGACCUACUCCCCUGGGUCUGCGAAGAGGAAGCAGUUCGCGUCGCCCUUGACAACGGACGCUGCCAAGAGAAGGUUGCAUGUCGAUGAGGACAAGAAUACGGCCUUUGUAGUUAUCUCGUCUGAGCCAAAGAAGAAGCGUGUUUUGACAGAGCACCAGAAGGAGGUGAUGAGGACCAAGCGGGUCUCGCUGGCCCUCUAUAAUGGCUUAGACCAGUCCCAAGAUACCCAGGCCUUUAAAGACCUGACCCAGACCCAGAGCCAGUCCCAAACACCAUCCCCAAUACCUACCCCAGAAGUGGAGGACCUCCCAGAUGAGACAAAGAAAUUCAACUUCUCAGGAAUAACAGAACAAACUUCCGAUGCAAAGGACGAAGCUGAAGAAGAGAAGAAGGAAGAAAAUACCAAAGACACCAACGGAGAUGACAGUCUGGUUGUUCUACCAAGCAGCCAACAAAAUACGCAGAAGCCAGCCAGAAGGGUGGUAACCUUUUUUGAACCAGUGAAGAAGAUGUCUUCACCGAUCAAAGAUGCUGGACAGAUUCUUAUUGAAGGUGGUAAACAUAUAGAAGAUGCUAGUGAAGAUAGUAGUACCGGGGAUAUAUGGAGUGAUGCUGUCCAGGAGCUGCCCGAACUUGUGAAGGAAUCAUCUGUGGUGAUUGUGGAGGACACCUGCCAAGAGGAAUCUCAAGAGGGCUUAGGACUACUGUCCGGUGGAGCAGUGGUUGAAGAUGAGGUGAAGCAACGAAAUGCAGAAUUUGAUGUGCCCGAGACACAAGAUGAUACUUCAAAAGAAGUGGAUGUCUUUGAUAUUUCCGACUCUCUGCCAGUAGUUGUCGGUGACAGUCCAGUAAAAGCAGAUUCUGUGAAAGAAGUGGAUGUUUGUGAUAUUUCCGACUCUUUGCCAGUAGAUGUUGGUGAGAGUCCGGUCAAGGAUAAUGUCAUUCCAGAAUCCUGUGUCGAAAGCCCUGUGAAGGAUGACAAUCCUGCCAUUGCCCAGAAGGAAAGUCCUGAAAGAGAUGUGCCCUUGGAUGCUGAAGAUCUGACUGAUGUUCUCCCAGAUGGUAGAUUUAAGACAGUUGUCAGCACACCAGUUAUUAAGCUGCAAAAGUUAAGCCAACAGGAUAUUGAGCUGUACAGUCCUAGGGCUGCAAAGUACAGUGAAGGACACACUCGAAAGGAGAGUCCCUUUAAGAAACCAAAGGAUAGCAAAACUUCAGGAGGUUCCGAAGAAGGGGGAACUCCUCGUCUAAGGAGGUACAGAUCAGAUGAGAUACACAACAGAAGAGGGACACCAAAGUCAGCUCGUAGAUCCUAUUCUCUCAGUGAAGUUUCAAGCCCUAAGAGUAAAGAUAGCCCCUCAAAGACAGUGACAGAUCUGAAUUCCCUACAGGCUAGUCAACAGGACCUGGCAGAAUUGGCUGAGAGAUAUGAGCUAGACGGGAUAGCGCCAUUGGGUGAUGAUCUAGACCAGAGUAUUGAAGAAUGCCUUAGAAAUUUGAACGAUCAGGAUGCCGACACUAUUGAUGAUCUGCCAGCUGUGGACUUUGGUCAGACUCAGAAAGAUGAUGAAGUAAGGCCUGAUCUGGAAAGAAUAGAAGAUCACGUGGUUGAUCAGGCCAUGCCUGAUGAGGAUAUUAUUUGUAGUCAACAAGAACUGUUCUCAAGCAUGGAUGAAUCUAUGGAUGAAACGGUCAUUGAGGUCAAGCCUCAGUUAUUAGAUGAAGAGGCCGAGAAGGAUGUUGACAAAGUGGAGCGAUCUGAAGAAGGAUCACCUGAAAAGUCCUCAGCAAGGAGAGGUAGGCCUCGAAAGUCAGAGAGCAAUAAAGAUGAUUUUGCAAGGUCACAAGAGCUAAAUGAGGAGGAAAACUCCCAGGAUUCUACUUGUGCAAAUAUUGUCAAUGUGGAACAAGUAAAGAGGAGACGAAGGUCCAAGCUUUCUCAAAACUCAGAAAAUGAAAUCCAUGAAAGCCAAGAAAAGGAAAAUGUGGAGGUUAAGGAUACUGCCAGGAGGAGAAGGAGGUCGAGAAAAAUAGAUGAUGGUGAUGAGAGUCAGGCCUUAGAAAAAGAAGAUAAAGAAAAAGAGAUUAAAAGCCAGAGGGGCAGAUCCCAAAAGACUCAAGAUAGUCAGCCAGAUACAGCUCCAAGCCUAGAAGAUGCAGAAGUGACAAAAUCUGAAAAGAGAAAACAGAGGUCUCGAAGAGGAGAAGAGAAGAUAAGUUCCUUAGAUAAUGACAGUCAAGAAAGUGACAGUGAAGUACAAGAUAUACAAAGGAAUAGUGGUAAAUCAAGGAAGAUGGAUGAGAAUGAAGUACAUAAUCAGAAAGAAGGAAAUGAAAAUGGAACUAAAGGAAGAAAGAGGAGGCAUUUAAGAUCCAAAGUCAAAGAAGUUUCACAAGAGCACCAAUCAGAAGUUCCUAAAAGACAGAAGGAAAAUUCUUCAGGAAGGCUUGCAGCUGAUUCAGGUUUGUUUGAUGGGAAACAGCAAGAAGAUAAGAACAAGGAACAGAAGGAAGUGAUUCUCAAAGAUCAGAAAGAAGUUUUGCCAGAAGCUGAAUUGGCAGCUCCAACUCACGUGACAGAACCUGCAGCUGAUAGUAGCUCUGAAGACCUGUUUGGAACCUGCCCUUCUGAUGGUCAAAGUGAGGCCUUGCCUAAGGUUGGUGAGGAUAGUAAAGACUCUCAGUUGGAUGAUAGUAUUUCAAGUGAGGAUGAUGAUAUCCCUCUUGUUCAAAUCAAAGCAUCACUGCAGACUAAAGCAGAUUUAGAUAUACCACAGUCACACGUUAGAGAUACCAGUAAUUCAUCUGAAGAUUCAGAAGUGGAUUUUCCAAUCUUGACACCAAGUACAAAGGGAGAUAAGGUCAGCCCUACAACUGAGACACCCCCUAGGGACCAAUUGGCCGAAAUGCUGACUAAGAUCAAGGAGAAGGAUACUCCAAAGCAUUCCCUUUCUGCUGUGAAGGGAGAGGAGGUUUUGACUGUGACAAGAUCUGGACGAAAAUGUAGACCUAGUGCUAAAAUAAGAUGUGCUAAGGACAUACUCAGGAAAGCCUUGAAUUCGCCUGAAGGAAGACACAAGGUCAUCAAAUCAACAGCUGUGGAAGUGUUGAAGUCUCCCAAAAGAAUAUCACCAAAGGCGCUUAGAUCAAUGGCCAAGAAACUGGCAGCGAAAGAAACAUCUCCCUCCAGUGGAAAGGAAAGACAUAAACGUAGAAGUUCCUCUCCAAAAAAGCAAGAUAUAUCAGAAACUGAAAAAGCAGCAGUGAAUACAAGUGUAAAUUUAUCUAAUGAGGAUGUUUUGUCAUAUGCAAUAUCUCCAAAGUCAUUAAAGGUCUUAGCUGAAAAGGUUGCACAAGAUAUGUCUCCAGAACAGAUGCUUUCUCCACCAAAGGUCAUGUCUGAGAGGAAACCACAUUCCCCCAAAACUUCUGCUCUUACCAGUAGUCAAAUCCUCCGUAACACCAGGUCUGGCAAGGUUAGCAAAAGGUCAAAGUCACCAGUAUCUCGUAGGCUGAGGUCAAAGAUGUUGAUACUCUCUCCAGGACCUGUGAAGACAAGAUCCGGCACCAAGCUAUCUAGGAUGGAAAUCAAGAAGCGCAACAAGAAGCAAAAGGCCUCAAAGGAACCCCUUGAUCAGUCCCAUGAUGAAGAAGGCAUUGAGGACAUUGUUGACAGCGAACAACCUAAGGAGGAAUCAGAUCAUGAAGUUGAUGAGGACAUGACUAACCAAGGAGAGGAAGUUAUUGUCAUCAAGGAUACAAUGAGUCAAGAGAUAGAUGAGGACAGUACUCAAGUUGAAGUUAAAGAAGGUUUAGAUAACAAAACAGAACAGACCACUGAUAUGGAGAGCAAGGAUAGUGGGAACAAAGAGAAUAAGUGUAUUAUUCCUGUUGAUGCUGUCAUCAAGGAUUCUGCUGUUGAUGAGGAUGGUGAUAUUGAAAUGAAAGACUUAGAGCAGAUGAUGUCCCAGGAUGUUGAGGUGCCUGAAGCUCUUGAUGAUGUCCCUGACCAAGUCCUUCAAGAAUCUGAACAUGUAGAUGAGAUUGAAAACAAAAUAGCAAAACAAUCAGGAGAGAGUGAAGUCCUUGAAGUGGAAGACACCACGCCAUCAUCAGAACUCCUUUCAGAACCUGUCACUGUGGUACAACAGGUGGAUGAGGCUGUUGUAACAAAAGAUGAGGGUAUUAAACCAAGUAAUCCUGGGCGAAUGAAGACGCGAUCUAAGAGGAGUAGUCAGAGGUUAACAUUUGGAGAAAAAGAUGAAUCUGAAGAACGCACAUCAGAAAUGGAAAGCAAGAGCUCCCUCAGAGUGGUGGACAAACUGAACGAGGUGAAGGCUGUAGAGGAGAAAGACAAAACAGAGGUUGGUGGAGAUGAAGAUCUUGAUGAUGAGACAAGCAGUGAUAGUGAGGAGUCUGAAGAGGAGCAGGAGAUGGAGAAUGAGGGAAUGGAUGAGCUUCCAAAGAGCACAGAAACCCUUGAGAAAGAUGGAGAUCAGCAGAAGGUUGAAGGAACUCCCAUCGGCGUGGUGUCUUCAGGUCUCGAUAUUCAAGAUACUGAAGAGGACAUAAUAAACAGUAGUCAAAGCCCCCUGAAACCUCUGGGAGAGGAUGAUGAGGCUGAAGGCACGUCAGACUCCCCAUCCCAAAGACUAAGCUUCCCUAGCCUCACCUUUGCGGACCUGAGCAACCUUGCCUCCCCAGAGAAACCCAAGAUGACCGCUGUCGCCACGGAAGGAGGACCCUUUCAGAUCUCUCCCAUCAUCCCUACCAAGUUCACCCCAAGGGUUCAGGGGUCGCCUGAAGGGGCGAGCAUGCGACCCAUGUGGCUUAACCCGGUUGAUUCCCCGGAAGGUAGCAUACCUCACAUGUAUUCGCCCACGGCGUCGCCAAGCAGCGGGAUUCUGAAGCACCGUGAUUUGGUCGGAAGCAGUUCUCCAUCCCCGUCCAGUAAGAGCCGCCGUGUGAGUUUUGCUGAUAAGGUAUUCAUUGAGCCAGAGCCUCUUCAAGACCACAGUGCUAUCACCAAGGUUUCCAAGCCCUCCGACAGUUCUGUCGCACACGCUUUACCACAAGAACCCUCCAGAGUGCGCCUUCCGAUGUCUCCACUUGUUACCACGGCUUCAUCAAAAGUUAUGGCCCAUCAUCAUAAGUACAUCACCACGCCCUCUAAGUCGGAUUCCAGCCAGUCGUCGACGUCGUCGCCAUCCUCCAAUACCCUGCAGCGGUUGAGGAGAAAGAGUCCCCAUUCUAGCCGGCGUAUGAAGAGCAAGACCGUCAAGAGCUUUCCUAAUAAUAAGUCUGCCACGUAUGCAAGCAAAGUCUUUCAUAUGGUUAAUCAACAACAGGCAGAUCAGAAGAAAUCCAACGCCCCGUCCCAAAGCACCCAGGGGUCACUGACCCAGGGGAGUCCUUCAACACAGGUCGACAGCAGCUUAGAAGCACAGGGAGAGAGCCAAGGAUCUGUGUACCCCGCCCUAGCGGAGUGUUCCCUCCCAGUCGAGAGUGUGUUACAUCGUCUGACCUCGUCCAUGUGGUCUAGAGGUCUUGGUCAGCUAGUCCGGGCCAGGAAUAUCAGGACUAUCGGGGACCUGUCCUCUCUAUCACCCAUGCAGGUUCAAUCACUGCCAAUCAAGUCUCCCAAAGUCAGUCAUCUCAAGCAUAUCCUGGGAAAAUUCCAAACAGAAAAGUUCCCAGAAUCUAAAGGUACAGACAUUGAUUUGCUGACAAAGACAGACAGCGGUGCAAAAGCAGAUGAAGGCAGCUCAACACCUCCAGGCAGACCUGCAGGUCAAAGGUCAACCAACGUUGCCAUGGAGAUGACCUCUAAGGAUUCCAGCAGUUUGUCACCACCCAGGAGUCCCCGAUCAACACCCGAUGCCAAUCUCCUUGGACGACUGACCGGUCUGGUUUCCGAUUUCAGAGAGGGUGCCCUCGAUUCUUUGCCUGCCAUCGAUCUGUUCCGAGCUCACCAGCACGUCAAUGAACUGACGGAUAUUAUCAUGGAUGCUCUUAAGAUGAAGUGCAAUUCACCCAGUAUGUCAAAAGAUAACUGAGGUCAGAGGUCAAAGGUCAUACAUCAGUAGUGCCUUGUUUAGAUGCUCAUCCUGAUGGACCAUAGAUGAGAUAAUUUAUAGUACUGAAUACUUAUGUGGAGUUUUACCAAUUGAGCUGUGAGUGAUUAAGAUUUAAAAAUAGUUCUUCCACUCCUAUUCUCUCUCUUGCUUUCUCUCCUCUCUGAGAGACCCAGAUGUGAUGUUCCUUUUUUUGUUAUUGAUGGUCAUUUAUUCAUGCUUCUUUACAAUGUUUGUUGCCAAUUUUAUGUGCCUUACAAGAUAUCCAAGAUUUUGUCUGUUUAUUUUGCCUUUAUUCACAAAAUGUUUUUAUUGCAUGUAAGGAUUAGGAACUUUCACUUUCUACUGACCAGCACAUCAUUUUGUUAUUGCCUGUAUUUCUUUCAUAUCUUUUUUUUUUGCAAUCGUCUAUGAAUUGAUUCUGACAAUGCUUUACAUAAGGCACUGGACUGUUAUUACGAGCAGCUUAAUUUCUAAAUAUUUUUUAUUUUAUUUUAGGUACAUUCAUUUGGAAUUACAGUCUCUGAAUCAGGAAUGGAAUCAUGCUUUUAGCCUUUCUCAAAGACAUUCUAAAAUUUCAUUCUAUUUAUUAUUAUUCUGUGUAAGUUCCCAGUUUUCCAGUGGUUGAAAUUUAUUUAUUGACUGAAUUUCUCGUCUACGUGAGUGUUUUUUUUGUGUGUGUAAUCUAACAGUAAUAUUUUGUAUAAGUACAUGUAGUACAUACUAAAAAUUUACAAUGAAGUUUGAUGAUUGAUAGAGGUAUGGUAUCAUCAGAAUGGAAAUAAUACAUGUACUAGAUCCUCAGGCAAAAGGCGCUUUAUAAAUACAGCUAUUAUUAUUAUUAGAUGAAGAAAUUGCUAAUGAAAAUAGUGACGCUACUGUCCUGAUAUUCAGUCAUUUCUUCCUGAUCCAUAUUUUAGGUUCACAACAUCCAAGUUUACAGGAUAUAUGUAAUCAUUUGGAAGUUUUAUGCUGUUCAUACUGGCAACCCUACAUUUGACCCUGUGACAUUUGCUCCUGUUAUAAAUUCUCUGAAAACUUUGGGUUAUGGUUAGAAUUGUUCUUGGUUCAGUGUAGUGUGAAGAUUAAGAUUAGGAUUUAGAUUAAUAGGUUUGAGAUUUUUUUCGUAGAUUUUUCACGGGAGCGAUUGUUGUUGGAGAAAAUGCCAUUGUCAAGGGGUCGCUUUGAUUUGUUUUGUACAAAAUGAGAUUAAAAGAAGAUCAUGAUAAGACUAUUGAGCUUUAAUGGCCCCAAAGAUAGACAAUAUAUAACAUUUAUUUUUGGCAUGUCAAUCCUUUCCCCAAUGAAAAGCAUUGCCUUGUAUUAUUUUCAGCCGUUGAGUGAUAAAAAGCAAACAAACCUUGUUGAUAUUAAGAGCUAUUGAUCACAUUUAUUUUGAGCUGUUAGAUCUCUUUUAUUCCCUAGUGUAUUCCAUGAAUAAGAUUGAUGUCUAGAAUUUGUGUUGAAAAUCUUAAUUUUUGCUGGUAUGUACACAUUAAAAAAAAUGUUAUUGCAAGUUGUUUAUUUGUUAAGAGUACACCUCAGAUGGCAUAUUGAUUUAUUCAAUUUUGUUUUUAAAGCAAUGAAAGUCAUUCAAUUUUGAUAAAUACUUUGUUUUCAUAUGUUACUAUACCGUAAGUGUAAUUCUGGUGCUCCUGAAUUAAGUAGCGUAAAAUAUUUUGACAGGGAUAGGGGUAUUUAGCCUUGGUCCAGAUUUUAGAUGAUUAUUUUACAGCAGGAUUGAAGUUGGGGGAAUAGUUUGGCAUAAUCACAAGUUCACAACAACAAAAUAAACAUCAAAAUAUGUUUUUGUUUAUGUUUUCAGAAUUUUUUCCUAGUUUUAGAAAAUGGAAAUUAUUUGCAGUCGGGAGAGGAUUAGAAUUUAUUUCCCCUCUAAUAUUGUUUAUCCUAGUUAAAAUAUGAAACAUGGUUGUCUUUAGUAUGUACAUGACUUUAUGUGGUACUAAUUCGGUGCUGAAAAGUGCAUUUUUGUAAAUAAUUUGUACGUUUAAUGACAAUGAACAAAUAUUGAUUUUUGCAGUUUUUUAAUAUGUGAAUGAAGGAUCAUAUCAUGUAUACUGUUUGAUGCCAUAUAUCACUGUCAAAUUUUUAGAUAUGAAAGGAUAUUGGUGUUAAGAAAGAUAUUGUAGAUGUUCUUUUCUUUUUUUCAUAAAAACCUGUUGUCAACUGAAGAUUUGAGAUGUUAAUAAAGAUAUUCUAAUAUUAAAACAA